CAUUCCUAGCGCAGAGGCGCACCAGAAACAAUCCCUGAGGCGGUGCCGGCGAAGGAAGCAGCGGGCUCUGAGUGCGGCCACAUCUGGAACAUCUCUCUCCCUCGCUCUUGAAAGCACCUUUGGGGCAGGUCUGAAACUCUCCCAACAAUGUUAUUCCUUGGACUUCUGUCUCUGCUUAUUUUGAAAACUGAAGCCUUCAGUACCAGUUUUCCAGAUGAAACCAUAGCAGACUUUUCAGUGAAUGUUUACAAUCAGCUGAGAGCUACUGGGGAAGAUGAAAACAUUAUUUUCUCCCCAUUGGGAAUAGCAAUUGCCCUGGGAAUGGUUGAACUCGGAGCCCAUGGUUCCACCUUGAAAGAAAUCCGACACUCCAUGGGAUAUGAAGGUUUGAAAAACGGUGCAGAAUUUAACUUCUUGAAGGAGCUCUCUGACAUGUCAACUACUGAGGAAAGCCAGUAUGUGCUAAAGCUUGCCAACUCCCUCUGUGUGCAGAAGGGAUAUCACAUUAGUGACAAAUUUUUGCAAUUGAUGAAAAAAUACUUUAAUGCUGAAGUUGAAGACGUAGAUUUCAGUCAGAACAUUGCUGUCGCCAGCUACAUCAAUAAAUGGGUGGAGAACCGUACAAACAACAUGAUCAAAGAUUUUGUGUCAGCAAGGGAUUUUGGUGCUCUUACACACUUGGCCCUCGUGAAUGCAAUCUACUUUAAGGGAAAUUGGAAGUCUCAGUUCAGGCCAGAAAACACAAGAACGUUCUCUUUCACUAAGGAUGAUGAAAGUGAAGUGCAAAUUCCAAUGAUGUAUCAGCAGGGAGAGUUUUAUUAUGGGGAAUUCAGUGAUGGUUCCAAUGAAGCAGGUGGCAUCUAUCAAGUUCUGGAAAUACCGUACGAGGGAGAUGAGAUCAGUAUGAUGAUUGUUCUUUCCAGACAGGAAGUUCCACUAGCCACACUGGAACCUCUGGUCAAAGCCCAGUUGAUUGAGGAAUGGGCAACUUCUGUGAAGAAGCAGAAGGUGGAGGUGUAUCUACCCAGGUUCACAAUAGAACAGGAAAUUGAUCUGAAAGAUGUUUUGAAGGGCCUUGGAAUUACUGAAGUAUUUAGCCGAAGUGCUGAUCUCACUGCUAUGUCUGACAACAAAGACCUUUACCUUUCAAAAGCAGUUCAUAAGUCUGUACUUGAAGUUAAUGAAGAAGGCUCUGAAGCAGCUGCUGCCUCAGGAAUGAUAGCCAUUAGCAGAAUGGCGGUGCUGUACCCACAAGUGAUAGUGGACCACCCUUUUUUCUUUGUGGUUAGGAACAGAAGAACAGGUACCAUCAUUUUUCUGGGGAGAGUUAUGCACCCAGAAGCAAUGAAUACAAGUGCCCAUGACUUUGAAGAACUGUAAUAUCUCCGCAGGCUCACACACCCACACAGAGAAAAAUAAGCACACUGAGUUGCAAUUGAUGUAUUUAAGGUUUGCCGUGUGGUUUUCUUUCUCUCUCUUUUUUUGCAAUGUUACCUUUGAGAUACUGUUUGGAAAGAAAAACAAACAAACAAGCAAACAAACUUCCAGAUUUAACUUCAGCUACAAAUUGAAGGUUGUGGCUAUGGAAGAAAAGCUUUCAGUAUUAAAGUAAAUAUUGUUGUCCUUGUGAAUUGUGGUGGUGGUGGUCCUUUAAAAUAAAAGCUGUAUAAAUGUCA